AUGGCGGACAAAUAUGUUAGAAGUUUACUAAACCGCAUUGUAUUGUCUGGCGAUGUUAUCGGUAGUGUAGCUGAUUUGGAAGGAAGUCUCGAAGGGAAAAACAAAGUUAAGCUCGGUCCAGGCUUAGGAGAAGUAAAUGGUGCGAUCGUGGCCUACAAAGCGGGGGUUUUUAGACAUCGAAACCCGUCAAUCCACUUGAUCGAUUGCAAUCAAAGAAGGGCUAGUAUCUGUAAAGUAUUUCUGUUCACAAUUCCAAGUCUUUUUUUCUUUCUGACUGUGUUACAUGGGACACUUAUACCGAAAAGUUUUUGCAAUUUAUCGUUGCGUGAAAAUUACAACACCGUGUAACAUCAUACUGGGGAAAACUUUUUCCUUCAACAGUUAACUCUACAUCACCUUGCCCGGCGACGUUCUCUCAUAGACUGCUCAGCAAAGAAUUUGUUCUUCUAAAAUGUCUUGGAAAGCACUUUCUAUUUGAAUGCACUGUGGGAAUGAAUGGUAGAGUGUGGAUCAAUUCAUCAUCAGUACCUUGUACAAUUACUGUUGCCAAUGCUGUGUCGAACUCUGAAUACAUGAACAACAAUCAAAUUGAGACAAUGGGGAAACAGCUUGUGAAAGGAAUGCAGUCAUAA